GCCGCCCCUCCCUCCCCCUUGUCUGCCCCCGCCCCGCCCCGCCCCGCGCUCCUCCAGCCGCUAAGCGGCGCCCUCCGCCGCUGCCACCACCCGCCUGCGCAUGCGCGGCGGCACUGGGCGGGGAGCGCGGCCAUGCGGAUCAUAUGGGACCGCUUGGUCCGUGCUUUCCGCAAUUUCAACGUGGAGAACCGCGCGUUCCGCGUCCUCGACCGGCCCAAGCCCACCUCCGCGCCACGGUACCCCACGGCCCGGCCCGCCGAGCCGCCCGAAAUCCAACAUGAAAUCCAGAAAAAAGACAACAGGCUUCUUGCCUUAUUAAAAAAUGUCUAUGUCGAUUCCAAGGAUCCACCCAUGGAAGUAAAAGUUGAAGGUGAAGGUCUCCCAUGUAAAGAGGAGGAAUACAGACUUACAAAACUAGGUCGUUAUAGUGCUCUAGAUAUUCACCGCGUUCCCAAAGGCAAAAUUUCUACUGUGGAGCUUUUGACUUUUCUUAAUAAUCAUAGACUGCAUCCUGAAACAUGGACUGCAGAGAAAAUAGCAGAGGAAUAUGGUUUGGACCUGAAGGAUGUCACUUCUCUUCUAAAAUACCUUGCCGUUUUUAAUAUGGAAAUUCCUUCAUCUGAAGAUAAAAAAUAUAUCAAAUCUACGUAAAAAUGGUUGCCAGAACUUGUUUAAUCUCUCUGGUGUUUUCAUUUUAAUCUUAAAAUGUAUCAUUUGCCCUGGAAUUUGUUGACAUGUAACAAUAAGUUAUUUUAUUUAAAUGACUCCUACAUUUAUUUGGGCAAGUACAUUAAUUAUAUUUUGGCUCAUAAUCUACUUUACUCGUGUUAGAUUAGGAGGCAGUUGAAAUCUGCAAGAAACGUGGCAAUAUGUUAGGAUUAAUAAAUGACCUAUUCAAAUUAAUCCAAUUCUGGGGGAAAGAUUUAGUUAAAAAGAAAUUGCUACUUCCUUGUGAGAUAAUGUUUUUCAUUUGAUGACUUUGGAUGUUAGUUGAAUCAAUGAUAUAUUAACUUACUGUGGAAGUUUAUUCUGGUCUGUAUUGUUAUUUAUGUAACAUAGUUUGGGUAGGGUCACACAGAAUUUUCAAGCACAUAGAAAUUCUCUCCAAAUUAUCCAGCUUUGCAGUACAAACACCCUGUCUCAUUUUUAAGAUGAAAAAAUUUGCUGUUGGAUUCUAAGAGCAAAAGAAGGUGCUGAGGAAAUGCUUCUGCCCUUCUUUUUAAAACAUAAAAUGGUAAUGCCUGUACAGAAUGUUAUUGAAUGAAGCAAUAAUGCCAACUAUCCAUUCCAUUCUGGGUGGACCCAACUACCAUAGUUUUCUGUCAGAAAUUAUUCAUCAGUUCAUAGACACAGCUUGUCCAGUUUCAAGCUACUUGCAGUUUUGUUUGGCACCUACAUGUAGGUAUGGCUUACCUCAUGACACGGGUUAGUGCAUAGUUGUUAGUUUGGCUGGCUACUCUUUUCCAUGUCAUUAUCUGUGCCUGUUCUGCACUAUUUCCACUUCCCUAUAGCAACUGUGUACUCUUGUCUUGAGACAGUAAUGUAGACAACAGACUUCUUGCUAGGAAUCUCUUAUUGGUCCACAACCAUAAUGUUGUCACUGCACUGCCACACUGAAGGUAAACUGCAUCUUCUGCUUUUAGCCAAGCAUCAUCUCUGCUGUAAAAUUGGCAUAGGCUGACUGCAAGAUGUAAAGCUUUUAAUAGAGCUAUUUAAAGUAUAAGCAAAAUACUGUCUUGCUCCAGUAAACAAGUACUGCAGA